CGCUGCUCUCAGCCAAUGGCGUGCGGGAGUGAGGAGAGCGCAGCCAAUCGCUGCGUGGAGGGGGCGGGAGGAGAGAUUCUUAAAGCGGCAACGCUGGUGAGGCCCACCUUAAAGUGGCAGGGUUCGCCCCCACCCCCUCGCGUCACGGGACGGGGGCAUGGCGCGCGGUAUGCAAACGAGAUGCUAAUAAGGGAGGAAGUGUGUUUGGAGGCGAGCAGCGAGUGGUGCUGGAGAGUGCCACAGCAUCUCCACCACUGCAUCACACAGCUCCCCACCGUGCAUCACCGCGUGCCACGCUGCGUCACGUCCCCAUCACCGUACGACAUCUCCUGGUGUCCCCUCCUGUCCCUGAUGGCGUCCCCGGUGCCGCGCCGCGUGCGCCUGCGCCCAUGGUUGGUGGCCCAGGUGGACAGCGGGCGUUUCCCAGGGCUGCGCUGGGUGGACUCUCGGCGCCGGCUCUUUGUGGUCCCGUGGCACCACGCCACGCGGCACCUCCCGACGCACAGCGGCGAUGAUGAUACCGUCUUCAAGGCAUGGGCAGCAGAGACGGGGAAGUUCCUUGCAGGGCGGGACGAGCCGGAUCCUGCCAAGUGGAAGGCGACGCUGCGCUGCGCCCUCAACAAGAGCCGCGAGUUCCGCCUGCGCUACGACGGCACCCGCGCUGUGCCGCCCCGGCCCUACAAGGUGUAUGAGGUCUGUGGGCCUGACGGAGCAGACACGGUGACUGGGGAUGACUUCAGCUGCGGUGGGGAGGAAGAGGAGGAGGAGGAAGACGUCAGUGAGCUGCAGCAACUGAUGUCUCUGAGCAUCGAUGACUGCAGAAGGGACCCAGUGCCCCCCUGGCCCGAGGAGCACCCCUCGUUUGUCAGUGCUGACCCCACGGUGCCCUUUGUGCCCCCCGAACUGCCCCCUGAGCUGACCCCACAGCUGACCCCGCAGCUGACCCCACAACUGCCCCUCCCGGGCCCCCCAGCACUCCUGGAGCAUGGUGUCCCCAACCUGCUGGCCAGCCCCCACCUGCUGCCCCUGACGGACCUGGAGCUGCGCUUCCAGUACCGUGGGCGGCGGGUGAGCUCCCUGACCGUCAGCCACCCCCUGGGCUGCCGCCUGUCCCACGGGGGGUCCCUGCCCCCCACCUUGCAGCGCCCCGACCUCCUGGGGCACCCCGAGCUGCAGCAGGUUCCCUUCCCCGACCCCGAGGGGAUCCCGCACGACAAGCAGCGCCGCUACACCCGCACCUUGCUGGGAGCGAUGGAGCGGGGGCUCCUCCUGGAGCUGGGAGGGCAGGACCUCUACGCCACCCGCCUCUGUCGCUGCAAAGUGUUUUGGGACGGACCCUGCGCCCCUCCCCAGGACCCCCACCUCGACCCCCGGCCCAACCCCAUGGAGAGGGAGAGGAGGGUCCAGGUGUUCAGCCUCCAGCGGUUCCUUGACGGGCUCAUCCUGUUCCAGAAGGGGCAGAGCCCCACGCCGCCGCCCUUCGAGGUCUUCCUGUGCUUCGGGGAGGAGUGGCCCGACCACAGACCCAGGGAGAAGAAACUCAUCACCGUGCAGGUGGGGGGACAUGGCGGGGACACAAUGGGGACACGAUGGAGAUGGGUUGGGGACGCAAUGUUGGGGGAUGCAUUCAGGAUGUGUUGGGGACACAAUAGGCACUUGUUGGGACACGUGUUGGGGACAGGAUGAGGAUGUGUUGGGGACAUGGAGGUGACAUGUUGGGGACACAAUGGAGACGUGGUGAUGUGUCAGGGAUGAGCUGGGGACUCAAUGGGGACAUGUUGGGAACGCACUAGGGACACAUCGGGGACGCAUUAAGGAUGGGUUGGGGACACAAUGGGGACAUGGUGGUGACAUGUCAGGGAUGAGCUGAGGACUCAGUGGGGACAUGAUGGGCACACAGUGAGGAUGGGUUGGGGAUACAGUGGGGACAGGGUGGUGACAUGUCAGGGAUGAGUUGGGGACACACUGGGGCUACGUUGGGGACACAAUGGGGAUGAAAUGAAUAUGUGUUGGGGACAUGGCCAUGACACAUUGGGGACACACUAGGGACAUGGGGAUGACGAGUUGGGGACACACUGGGGACGUGUCGGAGAUAUGAUGAGGGCAUGUUGGGAAACACCUUGGGGACGUGUUGGGGACACGGGGCGAGAUGUAAUGGGGAAACGUUGGAGACACACUGGGGACAUGAUGGGAACACUUUGGGGACAGGAUGGGGACACAUUAGUGAAAAUGAUGGCGAUGCAUUGGGGACACAGGGGGUACACGAUAGGCACAAGUUGGGGACACAAUGGGGAGGCGAUAAGGAUGAGUUGGGGACACACUGGGGACAUGGCGGUGACAUGUCAGGGAUGAGCUGGGGACCCAGUGGGGAAUGGACUGGGGACAGAGUGGUGACACACUGGGGACACAUUGUGGACAUGGCAGUGACAUGUCAGGGAUGAGUUGGGGACCCAAGGGGGACACGUUGGGAACACACUGGGGACAGGGUGGUGACAUGUCAGAGAUGAUUUGUGUUGGGGACACAAUGGAGACAGAGUAAGGAUGAGUUGGGGACACACUGUAGACAUGGCGGUGACACGUCAGGGAUGAGCUGGGGCCACAAUGGGGACAUGAUGGGAACACACUGGGGGCGGGAUGGGGACAUGGCAGUGAUGUGCUGGGGGACAGAUUGGGGACACAAUGCGGAUACACUAGGGCAAGCAUUGGGGACACAGCGAAGACGUGAUGGGAAAUGUGAUGGGGGGGACACGUUGGGGACACGAUGGGGACGCGUGUGACACAUGUCCCCCCCAA